CAGAAGUUACACUCAUUCAUACAACAGAAGGAGCGUGGCUGCUCACUGAGAAGUGUUGCACUCACUUGUUUGUACUUCCUCGGUAGCAAAUUUGCAGUCAAGAACUCACAUCCCCUCAUUUCCUCUCCACCUGUUCCUGGCCUGCCACAAGACUUUCCUGCCUGCUGCAGAGAACUGCUGCAUGCCACAGAGAGCUUUAUAUGCUACAGUGCCUGCAAAAUUGGAGAAAUGGUUACCAUCACACCUGAAAACGUUACGCAACUUUACAAUGUUGUGGCCACACAGGAGUUUACAAUCAGACCAGCAGAUUUCUACAAUAAUUCAAAUGUGCAUCAGAUGAAUAAAUAUGAAUGUAUUAAUCCAGAUACAUGGCAAUGGUUACAGACUUAUCAGCCUGGAUUCCUUUGGAUUAUAUUUAUUCUGGGAACAAUAGAAAAUGCCUUUGUCCUUAUCGUCCUGUGCUUCCACAAGAGUCGCUGCUCCGUGGCUGAAAUUUACCUAGCAAACAUGGCACUUGCUGAUCUAAUGUUCGUCUGUGCUUUGCCUUUCUGGGCCAUUAAUAUUUCUAAUAAAUUUCAGUGGCCUUUUGGCCUGUUCCUCUGUAAAGCUGUCAACACAAUCAGCUACAUGAACUCUUACGCUAGCGUUUAUUUUCUGACAUUAGUGAGCAUCGACCGUUAUCUGGCCUUGGUAAAAACCAUGUCUCUGGGACGGAUGCGGCGAACAGCCUGUGCCAAGUGGAACAGCUUUAUAAUCUGGAUGUGUGCAUUGUUCAUAUGCUCACCUACAAUGGUGUUCCGAAACUUACAGUAUUUCAAAGAUUACAACAUCACAGCCUGCUCUCUUGAUUAUCCAAGUCCCUACUGGCACCCUGCAAACAAUUGCCUGCUGAAUACUGUGGGCUUCAUGAUUCCACUCUGUGUAAUUACCUAUUGCACUACUCAGAUCACCAAGGCCUUACGAAGUAAUGAGUUACAAAAACUGAAGUUAAUCCAGACAGAGAGGAAAGCCACCUUGCUGGUCCUUGCUGUGCUCUCGCUGUUUGUCAUUUGCUGGCUUCCAUUCCAGAUCAGCACUUUCAUUGACACAGUCUGCUACCUAGCAGGGAAUUUGAAAUGCCUUGAAGAAGUCAAUGAUAUUGUGACCCAGAUGGCAAUGUACUGCGCCUUUAGCAACAGUUGCUUGAACCCAGUCCUGUACGUUAUUGUUGGGAAGCACUUCCAGAAGAAGGCAGUGGAAUUCUACAAGGACUUGAUUCCACAAAGGUGCAGAAAAUCACAGUCUGUUAAGACAGAAAACUCUCUGGACACUUUAAGAACUUCCAUUUCAAGUGAAUAUCUAAGGAAAAAGUCUGUUUUGCCAUCAUCACAAUAGCACAAUUUGUUCAUAAUGGAAAAAAACAAAGAAACAACAAUUUUAACAUAUCAGUCUCCACUAAUAUGCAUCUGCUAUGAGUCAACAGAAUGAACACGUAGCAGCAUUCAUCAUUUGAGGGAAAGCAAUGGUUUGAUCUUAAAAUCAAACCCAGUACAGUGAAUUGCUUCUAAUAUUACUGGUCAUUUUUUUUAAUUGAAUCAUUCUUUGUAGCAUAUUUACAUUUUCAUGGCUGAAUUAUAGUGUUUUGCAUGUAUCAUUUGAAAUGAUUGUAUUUCUGUGGAAUAUAAGCGUCAGAAUGUACAUACAGUUCUCUCAAUAGAGUCCCAGUCUGGAAGCUAUUGUAAGGGUCAUGCAACUACUUAUGGUACCUAUACCCUUGGAUAGAGUACUUUUUUUGAUAGGAUGGAGUUGUAUUUAUGUAAGUUUAAAUGAAUCCAUCAAGACUAUUAUUGAAAUGGAUUUUCAAACAUGGUCACCUUCUGGGCUUUUCUUUUUUCUGCUUUGAAGUAAUUUUAUUUACUUGAUUUACAAGCUGAGCCUUCUUGCAAGUGCUCUGACUGCUAGGUGCUGAUUUACAUCUGCCUGUAUGUAUACAUAGUUCAGAAAAGGCAGUGCAGUAAAGAAAGGAAGGCUGCAGCCAACCUCAUGAAGGCAGUGGCGUUUUCUUUAUAGCAGGAGGAUCUUUACUCCUGCAGUGAGUACUUUACUGCAAUGAGUACUACUUUACUGCAAUGAGGUAAAGCAUUCGCUAUAGAGAGCUGUUUGGAGUUAAUGUUACUUACAUUUAUACCUAUCCUUCAGCUCAGAAUUUUGUUUUUGAAUAUUCACAAAGCAUAAUUAAUAUUUGCAAUAUUAUUUAAUGGAAACAAAUGCUCAGCGCAAUGGGCAUAUUCUCACAAGAAGAAAAAUAUAGAGGAGAGCAUCACCUCACUGUCUUAGAUAGAUGACUGAAGCUAAUAGAGGUCUCGAAUGCUAGGAAUACUCAAAAUAUGGCAUUUUCCAAUUCUAAUACUACCUAAAUUUUAUUUACAAUUAGUCUAACUGAUUAAAAUACAAGAUAACAAUGCAUAAGUUAGACAAUUUAAAGAUGAAAGAAUUCUACAUAGAGGAAGCUCAGUGUCCUUAAUAGCCAGUAAGCACUUUUACUUCUAGGAACCUAGAUCUAAAACCAAAUUGGAGACAAUAUAAAAGCUUCUGAAAUCGACAGAGCCUUCCUGUUCCUUUCAAAGCACUUAAAGUUGGAACUUUAAGCACUUAAAUUAAAACUCCGAAGAAAUAGAGUUUUGAGACAUCAGUAAACUCAAAGUGCUAAUGUGUGACCUUUAUUCAUAAGAGCUAGAAUGGAGUAAUAAAGGUCUAUUCAAGCUAGGAAAUCUGUAUUCAACCUAAAAAGUAAUUAAACACUCUUGAAGUCUGUGAAUGUGCUAUAUAAACUACAGGAUUUAGAUGGCUGCAGAUAAUUUAUAAACAAUUUCUAUAAGUUUCAUUUAAACACACAUUAUAAUUCUAUGUCAUAAAUAUUUCUACUGUUUGUUCUAUAUAUUGUCCAAGAUGCCUGUGAUGAAACACUGCAAGUCUUACUGUUAUCUCCAGUGUUACUAAUAUCAGGAGUAUGCUGUUCCCACAACCUUUAAGUGAAACCGUACAGAGGUUAUGGGGACAAUGGAAGAGAAUUUUGAGUAUUUGGUACUGACAAGUAAAAUAUGAAAAUAUUAUGACAUGUAAAGAAUAUGACAUUAAUUUAAAGUAUGUAAAUAAAUAGAUGUGUUAUUUUGCUAUACAGUAAAUACGUACAACAGAGAAUAAACUACCUUGAGAUAUGAAAUGUGAUGGUGUUUUGUUCUCUAGCUUGAGUUCACUUACUUAGGAGGGACUUGUCAGAAGUGCAACUGUUCUUUCACUUCCUGUUCUACCAAGAGAAAGCAAGUUGAAAGAACAGAAUUUUAGC